AUGACUUUAGUAAAAUGUCCACCUCUUAGGAGUUACGGCCUCUCAAAGUUUCCAAAAAGAUAUGGAAUAACGGCUGGUACUAUUUUCUGCACAGUCCUAGCUACCAUUAAUGCAGGAUACAUAAACAAUGGCGCUUUAGGAAAUGGUUACAGUGGCAGAAAUGGAGGUGUGGCAGUAUCUACAACAUCAUACACGACCCAACAUGCACCAUCCUUUAAUAGAUAUAAUCACAAUUUUGCCGGUUCGCAGUCGUACUCUAGUCUCUACAGUUCAAUAAAUGAACAAAUGCCUGUGAGUCAUGGAGCUAGUUCCUACCAUAGCGUCCAAGGCAGUGGUGCUGGCUACCACAACUAUGGAGGAGUUGGUGGAUAUCAUGAUGCAGACUAUGAUGAAGGCUCAAAUUAUAAUGAUCCAGCCAAAUAUGAGUUCAAGUACGGUAUUGAAGAUCCAAAUACAGGAGACAAGAAGACGCAGCAUGAAGUAAGAGACGGCGAUGUGGUUAAGGGACAAUAUUCUCUUGUAGAAUCAGAUGGAUCAGUUCGAGUUGUUGAAUAUACAGCUGAUCCACACCAUGGCUUCAGAGCUGUUGUCCACAGAUCAGGACAGGAAUCUGUGGCGUAUGGUCAUAACCCUCAUCAUUAA